UUCGCACUGGACAGUAAUUUGUUCAAGCUGAGAACGCGUUUUGUGUCAGGAUGGGAAACAAAGGACUCUCAGUGCUUCGACCGAUCUUCUGCUUUGUUUCCUUCUUCGUAACGCUGCGCCUCGCUUAUGGAGAUCUCAGCUAUUCUAUUCCAGAAGAGAUGAAACGCGAGGCUGUUAUUGGAAAUAUAGCCAAAGAUCUCGGUCUGAACCGCGGCACCUUUUCUUCAAGACAUGCCCGUGUUGAUUUUCAGGGAACUCAGAAAAGGUACUGUGACAUUAAACUGAACACAGGAGAUCUGAUCGCAUCGGAGAGAAUGGACAGAGAAAGCCUUUGUGGCAAGAAGCCCUCGUGUGUUUUAAAAGUAGAUCUGGUGUUAGAAAAUCCGUUAGAACUUCACCGUGUAAGUCUUUUUAUCCAAGAUGUAAACGACAACUCACCACAUUUCAGAGAAAAAUUGAUUGAAAUGGAAAUAAGUGAGUUAGCUGAAAAGGGUAGUCGUUUUCCAAUCGAGGAGGCCCAUGACGCAGAUAUAGGUCAAAAUGCUGUUCAAAGAUACAACUUAGAAAAGAACGACCAUUUUAUCCUAUCAGUUGACAGCAACAAGGUUGAUCUUGUACUGGAAAAUAAACUUGAUCGAGAAAAGCAAAAAGAGAUUAAUUUGCUUCUCACUGCUUUAGAUGGUGGCUCUCCUCAGAGAUCAGGAACUGUAGUCAUACACGUCACUGUACUGGAUGCUAAUGAUAACGCCCCAGUGUUUAGCCAGGCCGUUUAUAAAGCCAGUCUGCCUGAAAACUCUCCUCCAGGUACCACAGUAAUUAAUGUCAGUGCUACUGACGCAGAUGAAGGAAUGAAUGGAGAUGUGACAUAUCAUUUUGGUCAUGUUUCAGACGACGAUGUAAAUUUAUUUUCCAUUGAUCCGAAAACAGGAGAAAUUCGAGUAACUGGCGUGAUUGACUUUGAAGAAAGGAGUUCUUUUGAGAUGAGAGUACAAGCUAAAGAUGGUUUAGGGCUAACCUCGUACGCCAAAGUUAUAAUAGAUGUUACUGAUAUGAAUGACAAUGCCCCAGUGAUAUAUCUGAAAUCACUGUCUAACCCCAUACCUGAGAAUGUGUCACCUGGUACAGAGGUGGGCAUCAUUAAUGUGCAGGACAGAGACUCUGAGAAUAACGGACAGGUCCGCUGCUCCAUUCAGCAAGGCGCCCCCUUUAAGUUGGUUCCUUCUAUUAAAAACUACUAUUCUCUGGUGACUACAGGACAACUGGACCGUGAACUAGUGUCUGAUUACAACAUUACAAUCACUGCCACUGACGAGGGCUCUCCACCUCUGUCCUCCUCUAAAACUGUUCAGUUAUCUGUAGCAGACAUCAACGACAACCCACCUGUGUUUGAGGAACAGUCCUACAGCGCAUAUGUGACUGAAAAUAACAAACCUGGCUCCACUCUAUGUUCCGUUACUGCUUGGGACCCCGACUGGAGACAAAACGGUACAGUGAUUUAUUCUCUGUUACCUGGUGAGGUGAACGGAGCCCCGGUGUCCUCCUAUGUAUCUGUUAACGGAGACACGGGGGUGAUCCACGCCGUGAGGUCGUUUGAUUAUGAACAGUUCAGGAGUUUUAAAGUCCACGUGAUGGCCAGAGACAACGGUUCUCCUCCGCUCAGCAGCAACGUGACCGUCAGUGUGUUCAUAUCGGAUGUGAAUGACAACUCUCCUCAGAUACUGUACCCCGCCCCGGAGGGCAACUCCUUCAUGACCGAGCUGGUCCCCAAAGCUGCACAUGGAGGUUCUCUGGUGUCCAAAGUGAUAGCUGUAGACGCGGAUUCCGGACAGAACGCCUGGCUGUCCUAUCAUAUAGUCAAAUCCACUGAUCCGGGACUUUUCAGUAUUGGUCUCCACAGCGGAGAGAUCAGGACACAGCGGGACAUUUCUGAAUCUGACAGCAUGAAACAGAACCUUAUAGUGGCAGUGAAAGAUAACGGACAGCCCUCUCUCUCUGCCACCUGUUCCAUGUAUUUACUUAUUUCUGAUAACUUGGCUGAGGUCCCAAACCUGAAGGAUAUUUCUUAUGAUGGGAAGAAUUCCAAACUGACCUCUUAUCUGAUCAUCGCGCUGGUGUCUGUGUCCACCUUUUUUCUGACCUUCAUUAUCAUCAUUCUGGGUGUGAGGUUUUGUCGCAGGAGAAAGCCCAGACUGCUGUUUGAUGGAGCAGUUGCCAUCCCCAGCGCUUAUCUCCCUCCUAAUUACGCAGAUGUUGACGGCACAGGAACUUUACGUAGCACUUAUAAUUAUGACGCCUACUUGACAACAGGAUCUAGAACCAGUGACUUUAAGUUCGUAACAUCUUACAAUGACAACACUCUGCCUGCUGACCAGACUCUGAGGAAAAGUCCAUCAGACUUUGCUGAUCCCUUUGAAGAUUUGACUGAGUCUGUAGAGGUAGGAACCAGUUAAAUUCCUUAUCACAAUUGAUAUUUUGGCUCGUUUGUUGAGAUGUCUGCCUGGCUACAACAAUCCAAUUGUUAUUAAAAUGCUGUGCGGUCGUUGAAGUGAAAUUUGUUGUUAAUGAAGGAACAAUUAAUUUAUCUUCUCAUUAUCUACUUAUAAAUUACGCCAGCAAAUGUUUAAAAUAUUCUUUUGCCUCCAAACCAUGGAAGUGAUAAGUGCUCUGUACGUGAAACAUGUAUUUUUUCAAUUUUUGUUCCUGUCAACCCACUGUGCUUAACAUUUUUGAUACAUUUUGGUGGUCUAGAUAUAGAAGGACACAUAUUCAUUAUGACUCCUGACAAACAGUCUUCACAUCUGAUUGGUUACUUUCACAAAGCUGUCAGUUGAUGAGUAUGAGAAGUGGGACUAGUUCAGUACUUGGUAAACUAUCAAAUGUGGUCAACACCAUGCUUCAUCCAGAUGUAUUCCAACAGAAAACAUAGACCUUAUGAAAUAAUUUUCAGUGAUAAGGACAUUUUACCCAGAAACUGCAUUAAUGGGAAUCAGCAUUGGUAAUAAAACUGAGCUGUGCACUCUUUCAAAAAUA